GGCACGGAAAGACUGCGUGAGGAAGAUGGCAGCGGUUGCCGUGGAGUGUGCCGCUGCGGGAUAAGGUGUCGUUUUGGAGAUCGCAUUUUGUUCAGUAGAUUCCUUCCAUUCUACGCCCCACUUCGUUCCCUUUCUCUCACUGAGCGGAUGAGAACACCUUUCCCUUGCGGUCCAAGCCUGGGUCCUUGAAUACUGAGGCCAGCCAGCGGCUUGUUUCCCUGCCCCAGUUUCUCCUCGGCUUGGGGGCUUGACAUCCGCUGCCUGCCCGGUCGGCCCCGGCCGCGUCUCCGGAUGGACGCGCACGGCAGCAACGUGCCCGCUUUCCUCACCAAACUAUGGACUUUAAUCGAGGAUCCUGACACCAAUGACCUGAUCUGCUGGAGUGCGAGUGGGAACAGUUUCCAUGUCUUUGACCAAGGACGUUUCGCAAAAGAGGUGCUUCCAAAAUACUUCAAGCACAAUAACAUGGCUAGCUUCGUCCGGCAGCUCAACAUGUAUGGCUUUCGUAAAGUUGUGAACAUUGAGCAAGGUGGGCUUGUGAAACCAGAAAAGGACGAUACGGAGUUUCAGCAUGUAUAUUUCAUCCGGGGUCAGGAACAUUUACUAGAAAAUAUCAAGAGAAAGGUAACCAGUAUCUCGACUGUAAAGCCAGAGGAGAUCAAAGUCAGGACCGAUGACGUCAGUAAAAUUCUAAGUGAUGUUCAGAUCAUGAAAGGGAAGCAAGAAACCCUGGACUCCAAACUGCUCACCAUGAAACAUGAAAACGAAGCUUUAUGGCGUGAGGUGGCGAGCCUGCGACAGAAGCACACGCAGCAACAGAAAGUUGUAAAUAAGCUGAUUCAGUUCCUGAUUUCACUUGUGCAAUCCAAUAGAGUCAUUGGAGUGAAGAGGAAAAUUCCCCUCAUGUUAAAUGACAGCAGUUCAGCGCAUUCCAUGCCAAAAUACAGUCGUCCAUACUCUUUGGAACCUCUGCAAGAAUCAUCAGCACUGACGCAGACUACCACAAAUUUUCCAGGAAAUAACUGCUAUUCAUCUGACAACUCUACGGCCUCUGGCCCUAUAAUUUCAGAUAUCACAGACUUGGCACAAUGCAGUCCUUCGCUCUCCCCAUCGCUCAACGUGGAAAGAACCAGCCCAAUGGUUCAUAUUAAAGAAGAGCCUCCAAGUCCUACAACUAACCCAGAGGUUGAGGAGGUCAGUCCUGUUGUCACUGGCACUGAGGAACCCCUCUCACCAUCAACCUUUAUUGAUUCUAUUCUGGAGGACAAUGACACAAAUGCCGCACAACCACCGCCCGAGGACCGGUGCCUCAGCGUGGCCUGUCUUGACAAUUUGAUUCAAGCCCAGCAGAUGUCAGAGGUCAAUUGUGUUAUCUCCAGUCUUUCCUCCUCUACUCACCCCAGACCACUGAUAGGAAAUGAUAUCUACAAUCACUUGGAUAGAAUUGAUUCGAGUUUGGAUAACCUACAGAACUUGCUAUCAGGACAGACUUUCAAUAUGGAAUCCGGCACGCUCUUAGAUCUGUUUAACCCCUCGCUGUCUGCCAUUGACCUGAACUUGCCAGAUGUGGAGGGGAACCUAGCAGAAAUGCAAGAUAUGAUGGGCUGUCAGGAUCAGAAAGGUUCGGCGACAAGCACUUUGGAGGCAGGAAAACAAGUUGUCCAGUACAAUGCCCCACCUCUACUAAUGGUAGACACCAAAACCAGUGACACAGGGGACCUCCCGGUCUUAUUUGAGCUUGGAGAUUCUCCGUACUUCCAGACUGAAGACAACCUAACCCUGGAUCCCACAGAUGAUGACCCACUGUCCCUCCUAUCAAGCAGCAACUUGUCACACACAAAGGAUCCACCUGUCUCCUAACUCCAGGAGAGCCCUCCCCCUAUUUUCCUCCACCCAAUCACGCUCCGAAUGCUGAACUUCUUGUUCAGGGACAGCUUUCUGCUCCAGGAGAGGACACAGGAUGAGAGAGUGAAACUGUAUCUUUAAAUAUUUCAUUUUAACCAGUUUGCAUUUCUAGCCUGAUAAACUCUUAUUGCAAGUAGAGAGCAGCCUGGGUUCAACCACAGGGAAGUGUAUCAUAGGGAUCCUUCUCCUGUUAAGUCCCAACAUCAUUGAUUAAGGACAAGAUCAUUGAUUGCAGACAGCAAUUUUCUAAUCUUGAUUCUCCUCCUUUUAGUGACAGAGAGCAGUUAGACUCUAUUGCCCUAAUAACAAGUUCUGUUGGAGGAAAAUUUUGAAACCACUAUCACUUUUCUCCCUGAGUGAAGAGAGACAGUUUUAUUAUUUUAAUUUCUGUUUUGUGUUGUCCCUACUUUUCACCCCUUCUCCCUCCCCCUUGCCUUCCCUGUCCUCGUUUUUGUAUAUUUACACUUUAAUCCAGUUGCUGAUAAGUGAAGAUGUAUUUUUGAUUCGUAUAUUAAAAAAAGUUUUUUAAAAAAGGUUAAUAUUCUAGCUUGUACUCUAAAGUCUGCAAUGAUGUGGUAGAAAGAAGGUUUAUUUUUUUAUGCACUAUAUUUUGGAAGCUUAUAAAAUAGUUUCACAAAGAAUCAGAAAUUGAAACAUAGGGAAAAGGGUUGCUGUUUUGACAGAUGAGUAUAAUCCAUGUGCCCUACUUCUCACAUUUGUAAUUCACAUAUUCACAUUGAAAACAAGCUAAAUCCACUGAAUUUUUCUUUCCAGUGCUGGUGAUAGGUUAUUUCAAUGGGACAGCAAUGGAACUUUGCCAGUAAUAUAACUGCUGCGUCGUUGGUCUUGGGGGCCCACAAUCUCAGCUGACUUGCUAGUGCAGAGGUGAGGUGUGGAUUAACCUGCUCAGUCCUUUUUUCAGAGGAGGAGCCCAUUUUUCAGAGGAAGUCAGGGCUCCCCCAAUUAUCACAGCAUUUCUCUCUUCUGUUCGUCCAUUCCAUCCCCAGAAUUGUUCUGGAGCAGGUAAGGUCUCUAAAAGAGAGAAUAUCAGUACUCCAUAAGAUAUAGGAGCAGAAGUAGGCAAUUCAGCUAUUGAAUCUGGAGUCUGCUCCAACAUUCAAUCGUGACUGAAAUGUUUCUGAAUCCCAUUCUCCUACCUUAGAAUCAUAGAAUCCCCACAAGUGUGGAAACAGGCCAUUCGGUCCAACAACUACACCGACUGUGCGAAGAGCACCGCAGCCAGACCCAUCCCCCUACCCUUUCACUGUAACUUUGUAUUUCCCUUUCCUAAUGCACCUAGCCUGCACAUCCCUGAACACUACAGGCAAUUUAGCGUGGCCAAUGCGCCUAGCCUGCACACCUUUGGACCGUGGGAGGAAAUCAGAGCACCCGGAGGAAACCCAUACAGCCACAGGGAGAACGUGCAAACUCCACACAGACAGUGGCCCAAAGUUGGAAUCGAACCUGGGUCCCUGGCACUGAGGCAACAGUGCUCGCCACGGUGCCACCUCUACCUUCUUCCCAUAACAUUUGAUACCCUUUCUUAUCAAGAACCUAUCUAUCUCUGUCUUAAAUAGACUCAAUGACUUGGCCUCUACAGUACAGUCUUCUGUGGCAAUCAAUUCCACAGAUUAACCACUCUCUUGCUGAAGAAACCUCUUAUCACAGUUCUAAAGUAUCAUCCCUCCCCUCUGAGGCUGUGCCCUUGGUUUCUAGUCUCUUCUGUUAGUAAAAACAUUUUCUCCGUGUCCACUCUGUCUACAUUUUCUGUAAGAUGCCCUCAUUCUUCUAAAUUCCACUGAGAGCAGACCCAGAGUUGCCAAAUGCUUCUGUUCUAACAAACCUGGUGAUCAUUCUUACAAACCCCUUCCAACACCAUUACAUCCUUCUUAGAUACAGUGCCCAAAACUGCUCACAAUAUUGCAAAUGCAGUCUGACCAGAGCCUCAAACAGCUUUGGGAGUACAUCUCUGCUCUUGUAUUCUAGCACUCUUCAAAUGAAUGCCAACAUUGCAUUUGCCUUCCCAACUGUAGUGCAGUGCUUGCUCAGCACUGACCUUCGGACAGUGCAGCUCUCCCCUCAGUAUUGCAUCAGUGUGUUGACCAAGGUUUUAUCCUCCGCUUUCUGGUCUUAUCAAAUUAUUGUGUUCCUGACCUCAAAGACAUCAGAGCAUUUCCCUGCUUUAUCUGUUUGUUUAUUCAUGAAUAUUGCCUGAUCCCUGAUUUAGAAACUUCUUGUCUGGUCUGUUAUCAGUUAUAGAAUCGUAGAGAUGUACAGCGCAGAAACAGACCCUGUGGCCCACCUGACCAUGCCGACCAGAUAUCCUAAAUUAAUCUAGUCCCAUUUGCUAGCAUUUGGCUCAUAUCCCUCUAAACCUUCCUAUUCAUAUACCCAUCCAGAAUCCUUUUUAAAUCUUGUAAAUUGUACCAGCCUCCACCACUUUCUCUGGCAGCUCAUUCCAUACACACACCACCCUCUGCAUGAAAAAGUUGCCCCUUAGGCCUAUUUUAAAUCUUUUGCCUCUCACCUUCAACUUAUGCCCUCUAGUUUUGGACUCCCCAACCCUAGCAAAAAGACCAUGUGUAUAUACCCCAUCCAUACCCCUCGUGAUUUUAUAAACCUCUAUAAGGUCACCCCUCAGCCUCCGCUGCAGAGUAAAUAGCCCCAGCCUAUUCAGCCUGUCCCAAUAGCUCCAAUCCUGGCAAUAUCCUUGUAAAUCUUUUCUGAACACUUUCAAAUUUCACAACAUUCUUCCUAUAGGAGGGAGACCAGAAUUGCAUGCAGUAUUCCAAAGGUGGCUGAACCAAUAUAGGCAGAUUUGAAAUUGAAGCCAUUGAUGGUCCAUUUGUUUUGGGAAACAACAGAAGGAAUCACCUGGCAAGUUCCUGACUCUGGAAACUCGACUCCAAAGCAGCAACAACAACAUCACUGAGGAAAGCAGGAUACAAUAGGAAACAGGGAAUUCUGCCAAUGAACAUUCAACUUGACCAACGAAGUGAUCGCUUCACUUUGCUGUAGUCAAUUCCCAGCCAGUUCUGUACAUUAGUAUAAGCCACUGCUCAGUGGCCAGUACACUGUUCGCUGAGUGUCAGGAGGCUGCAGCCUGACUGAUCACUCCAGAGACUUGACCACAAAAACCAAGGCUAACACCCUACUGCAUUGCUGAGGUAAUGCAGCAUUGUUGGAGGUAAAUGUAAAAGAUGCCAUGGCAUUUAUUCCAGAGGCAAGCAGUGGGGUUAUCCUGGUGCCCUGACCAAUCUUUAUCUCCUAAUCAUUAAUGCAAAAGCAUUAUUUAGUUGUGACUAUAUUGAUGUUUGUGGGACAAAAGCAGAAGUUGCUGGAAAAGCUUGGCAGGUCUGGAAGCAUCUGUGAAGGAAAAAUCAGAGUUAACGUUUCGGGUCGGCGACCCUGCCUCAGAACUGAUUUAGAGUAUCCGCAGUUCUUUCAGUUUUUAUUUUGCUGUUUGUGGGAUCUUGCUGUGUGCUAAUCUAUGUAACGGUUCCUAAAUUGCAAUCGCGAGUAUACUUUUAAAAGUCAGUCAUUUGCUGGUAUCCUGAAGUUGUACAAGUUGUUUCAGAAAUGCACGUCCCUCUUUCUUUAAACUGACGCGAUCAGUUAGGCUGAUUCUGGUUUUUCGAAUGGUGCCAAACCCAGGGGACAAAGUGGAGUAACUGCUGCUGUAAACCAGAUGCACCGUUACAACGGGCACUCGUACUGGUCAGGAGCCUGUCGUCAGGCCUGCUGGCCUGAAUCUACAGACUCAAGGCCAAAGUCUUCCUCACACUUCAGUAUUGACAACCCAACUCUGACUGAUUGUGUUUUAUUCUGCCUUUACUCGAGAUGAGUUUUAGUUUUGAGUGAAUCGCUUUUUUCUUUUGUCUUUCUCUGAUCUUUCGGAAUCCUGGUGAGCUGUCCAGGUAGUGAUGGUAUGGUCAUUUGAGGAUGAGGGAUAUCGUAGAUUCACACAGGAAUCGCAUACGCAAUCUGGUAGAGAUAGGGUGGGUUGUCACUGGGUAGUAAUCAGGAGCAGGACCCAUGCCUGCUCAGAGUGUUGAUUCCAAUUUACAGGAGCAGUUUGCUGUCUUAUCUGGGAGCUGCUGUUCCUUUUCGUUGUGUUUUUUUAUUCAUUCGGAGGAUGUGGGUAUUGCUGACGGGGCCAGCAUUUACUGCCCAUCCUCAGUUGCCCUUAAGGUGGCGGCAGUGGCUGCCUUCUUGAACCACUGCUGUCCACAUGCUGUAGGUAGACCCACAAUAUGAUUAUGGAGGCAGUACCAGGAUUUAGGAACAGCGAUACAUUUCUUACUCUGGAUGGUGAGAGGCUUGGUGGGGAACUUUCAAGGGGUGGUGUUCCCAUGUAUCUUCUAGGUGGAAGUGGUCAUGGGUUUGGAGGAUUAUGCUGAAAGAGCCUCCAAGGAUCCUUCAGGUUCAAACACUUUGAGCAGCCUCUGGUUAUAAAUGCUGAAUGUUAGCAGCUUGAGUGAGUUGGCCCCUGCCUCCCCUAGAGUCUUCCUAAAUAUGAGAAUAGUGGAACAGAAGGAACAAGAAAUAUAAAGUGACUGAUUUCUAAACUGAAGUGUGCAUACCCUCGUUUCCUCACUUCAAUGCCUCUUCACCCAAUCGUUUGUAUAAUCCGCUCUGAAACCCCUCGGCAGCUUUAACAUUCAGGAGUGGGCCUUGACGUUGAACAAUGUGUCAUUGUCCGAAUACUUCCUCGUUCGACAACAAAAGAUGUUUGGCAUCCUUCCUGUUUGAACGUGUCUGGGUGUGAGUUGGUUUUAUUUUGUACAUUUUAAGUCUCACAGCUGCCCUUCUGAAUGUUUUAAGAUGGGUACAACUGGUAACUUUGAGGGUGGAAGAGAGCACCACUGCGUGUAAGCUUGGUAUCAGCAGUUUUGGAAAUGAAUGAUGCCUUCAGUCCCUCAAGCCUGACAUGCUGUGAAGCAUGCACAUCCCCAUGUACUGUUUUUAAAAUGCAACAUUGCAUUCUGUGUAAAACUGUCCAUUGACAAUUGGCAGCUGUGUGUAUCGGACAUGCACAGUGCACUUAUUAUUGUAUUUAAACAGACAAUGUCCAAAAAUUGUCAAGUGACUGAAGGGGCUUUAAAAUGUAGAUAAACUGUAAAUGCUGCUGUUUAAUGCCAUAAUAAAAAAAAUUGUACAGAA